CCCGAGCCGCCGCAGCUCCCGCCCGCAGCGCGCUCGCCGGUGCCCCCGGCUCCCACGUCGCCCAAGCGCCGGCGCCGACAGCCCCGCGCCCGGGCUCGCUGCGCUGACCCGCGCCCGCCCGGCGGCGGGGCGGCGAGGGAGCGGCCGCCGAGACGCAGGGGGGGCGGCGGCGGCGGCGGCGCCCAGGGGACCAGCUGCGCACCUGGAACGCGCCCGGCUGUCUGGUCCUCAAGCAAAAUGGGAAAUGGUUCCGUGAAACCCAAACAUUCCAAGAAUCCAGAUGGCCACGCUGGGAACCUCACUGCCAGCGCCCUCCGGAGCAAGGUGACGGAGCUGGAGAGGGAGCUGAGGAGGAAGGCUGCUGAGAUCCAGGAGCGGGAGUACCAUUUGAAGGAGCUGCGAGAGCAGCUGUCCAAGCAGACUGUGGCCAUUGCUGAGCUGACGGAGGAGCUCCAGAACAAGUGCAUCCAGCUGAACAAGCUUCAGGAUGUGGUGCACAUGCAGGGAGGAAGCCCGCAGCAGGCCUCCCCGGAUAAAGUGCCUCUCGAGGUCCACCGCAAGACCUCCGGCUUGGUCUCCCUGCACAGCAGGCGGGGAGCAAAGGCUGGAGUGUCUGCUGAGCCGACCUCCCGCACCUAUGACCUCAACAAACCCCCCGAAUUUUCUUUUGAGAAAGCCAGAGUCAGAAAGGACUCCAGUGAGAAGAAGCUCAUUACAGAUGCUCUUAACAAAAAUCAGUUUCUGAAGAGACUGGAUCCUCAGCAGAUCAAGGACAUGGUGGAAUGCAUGUAUGGGAGAAACUUCCAGCAGGGCAGUUACAUUAUUAAGCAAGGAGAACCCGGAAACCACAUCUUCGUGCUGGCAGAGGGUCGGCUGGAGGUGUUCCAAGGGGAGAAAUUGCUCUCAUCCAUUCCUAUGUGGACAACGUUUGGGGAACUUGCCAUUUUAUACAACUGCACAAGGACAGCCUCUGUGAAAGCUAUUACCAAUGUUAAAACAUGGGCACUAGAUCGGGAAGUAUUCCAGAACAUAAUGAGAAGAACAGCUCAAGCUAGAGAUGAACAGUACAGAAAUUUCCUCAGAAGUGUAUCCUUGCUGAAGAAUUUACCCGAAGAUAAAUUAACGAAGAUCAUUGACUGCUUGGAAGUGGAAUACUACGACAAAGGAGAUUACAUUAUUAGAGAGGGCGAGGAAGGAAGUACCUUUUUCAUCUUAGCAAAAGGAAAGGUAAAAGUCACCCAGAGUACGGAAGGCCACGAUCAGCCGCAACUGAUCAAAACACUGCAGAAAGGAGAGUAUUUUGGAGAAAAAGCGCUCAUCAGUGAGGAUGUCAGAUCGGCUAACAUCAUUGCUGAGGAAGAUGACGUCGCCUGCCUGGUCAUUGAUCGGGAAACAUUCAACCAAACAGUGGGGACUUUUGAAGAACUCCAGAAAUACCUUGAAGGGUACGUGGCAAACCUGAACCGGGAUGAUGAAAAAAGACAUGCCAAGAGGUCCAUGUCUAGCUGGAAGCUGUCCAAAGCACUCUCUCUGGAGAUGAUUCAGCUGAAGGAGAAGGUGGCCAGAUUUUCCUCCUCGUCCCCUUUCCAGAACCUUGAGAUUAUCGCAACACUGGGCGUUGGUGGGUUCGGAAGAGUUGAGCUUGUUAAAGUAAAAAAUGAGAACGUUGCUUUUGCUAUGAAGUGUAUAAGGAAGAAACACAUAGUGGACACGAAGCAGCAGGAGCACGUCUACUCAGAGAAGAGGAUCCUGGAGGAGCUGUGCUCGCCCUUCAUCGUCAAGUUAUACCGCACGUUCAAGGACAGCAAGUACGUCUACAUGCUGCUGGAGGCCUGCUUAGGCGGGGAGCUGUGGAGCAUAUUAAGGGACAGAGGCAGCUUUGAUGAGCCCACCUCCAAGUUCUGCGUGGCCUGCGUGACAGAAGCGUUUGAUUACCUGCAUCGGCUGGGGAUUAUCUACAGGGACCUGAAACCAGAAAACCUAAUUCUCGAUGCUGAGGGCUAUCUUAAGUUGGUGGACUUUGGAUUCGCUAAAAAGAUCGGAUCUGGACAGAAGACAUGGACGUUCUGCGGAACUCCAGAAUACGUAGCCCCUGAGGUCAUUCUCAACAAAGGACAUGACUUCAGCGUGGAUUUCUGGUCCCUGGGAAUUCUGGUGUAUGAGCUGCUGACGGGCAACCCGCCCUUUUCUGGAAUUGACCAAAUGAUGACCUACAACUUGAUUCUCAAAGGAAUUGAAAAAAUGGAUUUUCCCAGGAAGAUAACAAGACGACCCGAGGAUUUGAUUCGGAGACUCUGCAGGCAAAAUCCGACAGAAAGACUGGGAAACCUGAAGAACGGAAUCAAUGACAUUAAGAAACACAGGUGGUUACAUGGCUUUAACUGGGAGGGGCUGAAAGCGCGGAACCUUCCGUCACCUUUGCAGAGAGAGCUCAGUGGCCCCACAGAUCACAGCUACUUCGACAAGUAUCCUCCUGAGAAGGGAGUGCCUCCAGAUGAGCUCUCGGGCUGGGACAAGGACUUCUGACAGAAGGAAGACGGUUGCCCCUGUGCUACGCGAGAGGACGAUGAGGACCAGCCAUCCAGCACGGAUCCGCUCUCUCUGCAGUGUAGACUGUUCCAUCUGGAAGACCAUUAGAGAAGACACUGCCCACUGAGCUGGGGGUGGGAAAUAGUGGGGGCGGAGGCGGUUCUGAAGGAGAAUGUCCCCUUUAGACGCUGGGACUUAUUCAUGUAUUCUGUUCUUUGCUUUCCUUCAGGGGUGAAGGCUAGCCUAGUCCCCUCACCAAAGUCACUGCCGUCUCUGUUGAAGGGACACCGCUUUCUCUACCUUCUCUUGCUCCCUUCUGACCAGACCUGUCUGCUUUGAGUCCCAGUAGGUCUAAAGGUGUCUCGCCCUUGAGCAGCUAAAUCAGUCAAAUGGAAGUAAGAACGAGCGCACAGUCUGGGAGACGUCCCCUCUUCUCAGCAUCCCCACGCAGGCAUUCUGGCACCUCCAAGUCAUGGUUUGCAGGGACUGGGUAGUCAGUCGAAGUGCCUGAUUUUUCACCUGCUUUCAACCCAGAAAUACAUUCCCACUUUUUCUGAAACUGGUCUGGGGGAAUGCCUAUUGGGGUCUUCGUUAUGGGUACCACUUCCUAACAUAAACGAGUUGAUUGAUCCAGCCAUUUACUUGUAUUUCACUGGAGAACUUAGAAAAAAUGAGCAAAGCAGAAGCCCCUUUGUUGUUCUGGGACCAGCUGUGGCACCUCCGAGACUUUUCAGAAGUCUUGUUAAGGGUUGUUGUCAUGUGUGGCGAAGCGAUGGACCUUUGGAAAGGUUUUGUCUUACAUACUCAAUAUUUUCACAGUCAAAUUAGAAAACAGGCAGAAACUGAAAUGUGAAGGCUUUUUCUUCCCAUUACAUAUGGAGGAGAAAAAAUUCCAAAAAGUAAAAAUGUUCACUCUUUGGAACUGAGAUAUUUUGGCCAGUUCUGCGAUUGUUGCUAUAUCAGUAAACCAAGAGUACAGAACAACCACAGUUGCUUUUUAAUGGAACUCCCGCUGGCACAUAUCGACGCACGCCUAAUCCCUGCUGCAUUAGUAACUUUUUAAAAAGACAUUUGAGUCAUGGGUGCGUUUAUACUUUUAGAUCGUUAAGGCAGGCAAGCUGGUAGAGAGGUGAUGGGACAGUGACAGGGCCCAUGCAGCUUCCUCCCCCUCCUGUGCCCUCCCCGCAGUCUUCUACGUAAUGAACGGAUUUGUCUCAAUAGCUUUGGGCUCCGGUACCCAAGAACGUCACUAGUAGAAUGUUUUUCUGCAUCCGCCAUGAGCUCUCCCCCACCCUCCUGCCCGAAUGGAUGGGAAGCAGACUUUAUCUUUUUUCAUCUGCCAGAGUAAAAAUAACAUCUGAGUUCCUGCAUUCGUCAACCUUCUGGUUCUCUUUCCCUCUGCUAAUGUUCUGUAGGAGGAGCAACCUCCACCCACAUUCCACCCAGGCUUUCAGGAUUCAGAGCCUCCGCUCUGGGCUUCCUGCAGUGUUCAACCAGAUGCGUGAGGCCCAACCCAAGAAGGCGCAUCCUUAACGAGUUGAAUUUCCGCAUUUAGAAUCCCUUUGCUGAACCAAAGAAUUUUUGUUUCCCAGAGUAGUAUUUUUAAAGUUUGUGUGUUGUACAUAGAGGAAGCAUUUUUAAUAGAAUCACCGUAACCUGCUUAAUGAAUUUCUAAGAUUUUUAAAAGAUUUUUAUUUGCAUUUGGUUUGUAAGCACUGUAUGUUUUUCCAUGUAUAUAUUUUUAAAUUACUCACCUAAUAAGUGUAGGCAGUGUAUGUGCUGGGUGGAGAGUAGAACUGUGCAGUUAAACUAGCAAUGAUAUUCUCAAUAGCUGUACUUCAAAGGAGACUUACACACGUACAAAUAAGACCACCUAGAGUACUACAGGUUUGUUUUGGCCAUGAUUGGCCAUGUCACUGUCUAAUCUGCACAUGCGAUUGGAUUGUGUUUCCUUCAGAGGACUUCAUAAAGGUGAAGAAAUGCCAGACUGGACUGUAAGACAGUCCCAUCCUGCUUCUCAGCUGGGCGACUGUGGGAAAAUGACUCUGCGUUUUGAGUCCCAGCUUUCUCACCCGUAGAAAAAGGCACAAUAAAGUAAUACCUACUUUAAGGGCUUGUUUGGGGGAAUAAAUUGAUAUCCAGAGAGUCCUUUGCCAAUAUCAAUGAAAUAAUCAAUGCUGCAUAGAGGGUAGCUACUGUUGCUAUCGCUAUUAGAAUUAAAAGGGCCUUGAGAACCA